GAUGGACUCUAACGACCUAUUCUCUUUCCUCGGUGGCGAGGUAGACGACCAAAGCGACAAUGAGCAACCCAUGCAGGUUGAUUCUUCUGGACAAGAAUCCAAGAUCCCCCAGAAAAGAAAAGCCGACACACCUCCACCUUCGACUCGAAGCAAUGCGCAGGACUCCGGAAACCAACCAGCUGACGCGGGUCCCUCUUCUCCUAAGAAGCCAAGAAUAUCUUCUCCUAAACCUGUAGUGCUCGACGAUUUUGAAACGGAGGCGAAACGAGAGGUUGCUGUUGGCGCAGGUCUGAACGAAUCGUCCGACAGUGCCAGUCGAUUGGAAUUGAGGCAUCAGGUCCGACAUCAAGUCGCAGUACCUCCGGGCUACGACUAUAUUUCCAUCUCGAAGCAUGUCCCCCCAGCCAAACCGGAUCGGGAGUAUAAGUUCGAAUUGGAUCCAUUCCAGAGGGUGUCGGUCUACGCGAUUCAAAGGAAUGAAAGUGUGCUAGUAUCUGCACAUACUAGUGCCGGAAAGACGGUCGUAGCAGAAUAUGCAAUCGCUCAAUGUCUCAAUAGAAAACAGAGAGUCAUUUACACGAGUCCCAUCAAGGCCCUGAGCAAUCAGAAGUACCGCGAAAUGCUGGCCGAAUUUGGGGACGUUGGCCUCAUGACUGGAGACGUAACAAUAAAUCCUUCUGCGUCGUGCCUUGUUAUGACCACAGAGAUUUUACGGUCUAUGCUGUAUCGGGGUUCUGAAAUCAUGCGCGAGGUUGCAUGGGUCAUCUUCGAUGAAAUCCAUUACAUGCGCGACAAGGAGCGCGGCGUUGUUUGGGAAGAAACGAUCAUUCUUCUACCGCACACUGUGCGAUACGUUUUCCUCUCUGCGACCAUCCCGAAUGCCAUGCAGUUCGCGGAAUGGAUAUGUAAAUCUCAUGAGCAGCCUUGUCAUGUCGUCUACACCGACUUCCGACCAACGCCGUUGCAACAUUAUCUCUUCCCUGCUGGCGAUGACGGCAUCCAUCUUGUCGUCAAUGAAAAAGGAGAAUUCUUGGAAGAUAGGUUUGCGAAGGCGAUGGCAAAGAUUCAGGAAAACAUGGGAGAGGAUCCUGCAGACCCCAAAGGCGGAAAAGGAAGAAAAGGGAAAACAAGAAAAGGCGGUGAUAAUAAGAAAGGAUCCUCUGAUAUAUCUAAAAUAAUCAAGAUGAUUAUGCUGAAGAACUAUAAUCCGGUCAUUGUCUUCUCGUUCAGUAAACGAGAGUGCGAAGGGCUCGCGCUGACGUUGACUAAAGCCGAGUACACGACGCCAGAGGAACAAGAGCUCAUCACCACGAUCUUCAACAACGCGAUAGAAAAUCUCUCUCAAGACGAUCGUGCUCUUCCUCAAAUCACCAACCUUCUACCCCUCCUCCGCCGCGGCAUCGGCGUCCAUCAUGGUGGUCUACUUCCUAUUCUCAAAGAAGUCAUCGAGAUUCUCUUCCAAGAAGGCCUCAUCAAGGUCCUGUUUGCCACCGAAACUUUUUCCAUCGGCCUCAACAUGCCUGCCAAAACCGUCGUUUUCACCGCAACACGCAAAUUCGAUGGCAAGGACUUCAGAAAUAUCUCUUCGGGCGAAUACAUCCAGAUGUCUGGUCGUGCUGGUCGACGAGGUCUGGAUGACCGGGGUGUUGUUAUCAUGAUGUGCGACGAGAAGCUGGAACCGCAGGCUGCAAAGGAGAUGGUGAAGGGCCAGGCUGAUCGACUGGAUUCGGCGUUCCACCUUGGGUACAACAUGAUUCUGAACCUCAUGAAAGUGGAGGGAAUCAGUCCUGAAUACAUGUUGGAGCGUUGUUUCUUCCAGUUCCAGCGCAGUGCGGGCAUUCCCAUGUUGGAGGAUGAGCUCAAGCAAGAGGAACAGCUUCGGAGCUCGACAGUUAUUCCUGAUGAAUUGCUGGUGUCCCAAUAUUACGACUACCGGCAACAGCUCGAUCAAAUGACCGCAGACUUUCGGGAAGUGAUUACCCAUCCCACCUAUGUGUUACCCUUCCUUAAAGUUGGUCGAUUGGUCAAAGUCAAGCAUCAAAAACUGGACUUUGGGUGGGGAGUCGUCCUCAAGUUUGAGAAGCGUGUUUCACCAAAGAACAAAUUGAUUCCCAAGCCCGAGGAGAUACCGCCCCACGAGCAGUACGUGGUCGACGUCCUCCUUAACUGCAUCCCUGGUACCACGACCUCAAAGAACAAGACGUCCACGACGCCAACUCCUGCCGGGAUCCAACCAUGUGCUCCAGGUCAAAAGGGCGUUCCAGUCGUCGUUCCUGUUACGCUGUCGACCAUUGAUGGCAUAAGUCACAUGCGUAUCUAUCUGCCCAAGGAUCUUCGUCCAGACCAAGAGAGAGAGACGGUCUGGAAGACCAUUCUAGAAGUCCAAAAGCGGUUCCCCCAUGGCAUUCCGUUGCUCGAUCCCAUCGAAAACAUGAACAUCAGGGACGAAAAAUUCAAGGAACUUGUCCAGAAAAUCGAAGCGAUGGAACAGAAGAUGUUCUUGAGCCCGCUGCACAAGGACCCCCAUCUACCGGAGCUUUAUACCCUCUAUUCCAAGAAGAAAGAGAGCCAAGAGAAGAUCAGGAACCUGAAGAAACGGAUGCAGACUACGCACGACGUGCUGCAGCUUGAAGAGUUGAAGUGCCGGAAGCGCGUCCUGCGCCGAUUAGGGUUUACUACCUCCGCUGACAUCGUCGACAUGAAAGGGCGUGUCGCGUGCGAGAUCAGUACAGGAGACGAGCUGCUGUUGACGGAGCUUAUAUUUAACGGUGUGUUUAGUACACUGGCGCCAGAGCAGUGUGCUGCGUUGCUGAGCUGUUUCGUCUUCGCUGAGAAGAGUGAACAAGCGACGAAGCUGAAGGAAGAGCUUGCAGCCCCGCUCCGUGUCAUGCAGGAAUUUGCACGUCGCAUAGCGAAAGUAUCCAAGGAGUCCAAGCUUGCCAUUGAGGAGGACGAGUAUGUGCAAUCAUUCAAGGUCGAGCUCAUGGAUGCCGUCGUGCAGUGGUGUCGCGGAGCUUCCUUCUCUGAUGUAUUCAAGCUGACCGACCAGUUUGAGGGCACCCUCAUCCGUGUGUUCAGACGGCUCGGGGAGCUACUGCGCCAGAUGGCGCAGGCGGCCAAAGUCAUCGGUAACGCGGAGCUGAAGGAAAAGUUCGAAAAGGCCUCUGAGAUGCUGGAAAGGCCCAACUCUGUCAUUUUCUGUUCUUCGCUCUAUCUUUA